AGAGUCCAUAGUUCGCAGCACACGGAGCUCGCUGUCCCCCGGUCCCGCUCCGCACAGCUCGCCAGGCAGGCUCCCCUCUCCGGCCAUGGAUACACACUGCUCGCUGCCCGCAGCCCUGCUGCUCUGCUGCUUCCUGUGGGACAUACCCGGCUACCAGCAGGCAUCCAUCCCCUCCAGCCAGCUGCCCAGGGCGGCCAGAAAGCAGCCCCCCAUACACAGCCAGGAGCCCACCCAGCGAUGGCCCGUGGUGCCCCAUGACUACAUGCUGUCCAUCUACAGAACUUUCUCCACUGCGGAAAAACUGGGCAUCAAUGCCAGCCUCUUCCAGUCCUCCAAGUCUGCCAACACCAUCACCAGCUUUGUGGAUAGGCGUCAGGAUGAUACCUCCCACACUCAUUCCAAGAGACUACGGUAUUUGUUUGAUUUAUCUACCCUGUCAGACAAAGAAGAACUGGUGGGAGCUGAACUAAGGGUAUUUCGGAAAACUCCUUUGGAGAUGGUCAAAGCCCCUCAAGGUUUAUACCACCUGCAGAUAUCCUCCUGCACAUCCCAAUCAUUGCUUGAUUCUAGGACUCUAUACCUAAGAGAUUCUUUAACAACUGGCUGGGAAGUGUUUGAUGUAUUUAAAAGCUUCCAUGGCCUCAAUAAGCAGAAGAAACAGCUCUGCCUAGAGUUAAGAGGGACUUUGGCUACAUCUGGUAUGGAGGUGAAUCUAAAAGGACUUGGUUUGGGUAGGAAACCAAAAUCGCACCAAGAGAAGGCACUCCUAGUGGUCUUCACUAGGUCCAAAAGAAAAAAUCUAUACAAUGAGUUGAAGGAACAGGUUCAUUCCUCUAAGGGUUUGGAAAAGGAAACAAAGUUUCCAUUUAAAAGCAGAAGAAGGAGGAGAACAACUUUCAACAGUCGACAUGGCAAAAGGCAUGGAAGGAAAUCCCGUUUAAGAUGUAGCAAAAAACCACUUCAUGUGAAUUUUAAAGACCUAGGGUGGGAUGAUUGGAUUAUAGCUCCUUUGGAAUAUGAAGCAUAUCACUGUGAAGGGGUGUGUGAUUUCCCGCUGAGAUCACAUCUUGAACCCACCAACCAUGCCAUUAUUCAGACCUUAAUGAACUCCAUGGACCCAGCGUCCACACCACCCAGCUGCUGCGUGCCUACAAAAUUGACUCCUAUCAGUAUUCUUUAUAUUGAUGCUGGUAACAAUGUUGUCUACAAGCAAUAUGAGGAUAUGGUGGUGGAGUCCUGCGGGUGCAGGUAGCAUCUGGUCUGGAAAUGCUUCAUGUCAAUGUGGAACUAAUGGAGAAAACAAGGGAACUCAAGGACAAGAGUGGGCUGGCCCAGUAUGAAGUUGAAUGAACUUCACCAGGAGAGUGGGUUAUGAUGUCUCACAUGUUUGGUGCACCCCUUUAUUCUACCAGGAUAUCCCUUCCAAUCACUGCAGAAAUAGGCACUGCUGCAAUUUAUUUGAAAAGCUAAUCCAAACUUGCUAAAGCCUGCAAGAGCUCUAAAUCCAAGGGAGUGAGAACUGAACUCAAUCCCUUUUCUGUAAACAUAGAUUAUUGAUAUUCCUCAAAGGGUUUGUACCAUAUCACAGCCUCUCCAAAAAGGAAUGAUAUCAAUGGCUUCUUGGUAGAACUAUAACCCUGAAAGAGGAGAGCUGGCAAGUGUGUGAACUACCAUUUAUCUGAUAGCAGUUGAGAACAAGAAUUGUACAAGCAAUGUCUCAUGUUCCAGACUUAGUCUUUAUGUAAGCAGAGAGCUGAAAUGUUUGGGGGAUGGAGCCCGAUGGCAGCACUUGGUAAAUCACUUCCAGUCCCCCCUUCCCCUUGCUUCACAUCUGAUGGAACUAAGGCCAUCCAGGUUGAGUGGUGGCCAGUCACGUCUGGGUAGAAAAGGAUUAUGUUGCUGCUUUCUCUGUUGAUUUUUGGAGUGUACACAAGAUGCAGUGACAGGCACCUGUUCAAACGGAGUCCAUUUAAGAUUACAGGAAAGCAAUAGUCUGUUCUUUUCAUGGUCUGGCAUGCGGAGAGUAAUGAAAGCAGACAAGCCUCAAUAAAGUUUAUCUUUUUUUUUUUCUUCCUUCCCAUUAUGCUCACCUUUUCCAUUCCAAACUUUCCUGUUCACAUUUACUAAAUAGUGGAUUGUAUGACAUUGCCGGCUAACUAGCAAAGGCUUGGCCACAAUACAACACAGGGUUACUCAAUAAACUUCAUAUUGUAGUUAAUUUAUAUCUGGAUGGCAACAGUGAGGCUAUAAUAACUGAUCUGAGAAUAUUCUCCAACUCAACUGUA